GAUCGAUUAGUCACCAGCUGUGUGUUAUCUGUGAGUUAGUCUUGGUCAUCUGCCGGACAUCCUGAACUGAAUUUGGAGCAAAUGUCCAGUGGACGGACAACAAUUCUGAUGGUUUAACCAGCCGAGUGAUCUAUCAGGAGUAACAAUGGCUGACGAUCCUAAAUUACCGAAUCAUGAUGAAAUCUUGUCCCUACUGGUGAAGGAAGGAGAAAACGGGGGCGUGCAUCUGCCUGAAAGUCAAAAUAAUCAAAGAAAUAAGGAAAAAAGUGAAGAGGCAGCUGGAAACCUUCCACCAACCAAAUCACUGGAUGCUGAGAAAAGGGACAUAACUCCUUCGGCUUCAAAAGGAGAAAUGGAAAAUGAGAAAGAGGAUACUCCAUCAGAUGAGAAAAUGUCCUUUAUGGAGAAAAUGAAGACGGACGAUUCAUAUAAAGAAAAAGUUUUUUUGAGUCUUAGCAUCUGCUGGUCUUUUGUUAUAUUGGGUUGGCUGGUUGCUCAAUUUGGACCGUCCUUUCUUGACCUUAGAAUCAUCACAAAUACAGAUCUAAAGAAGGCGUCCAGCUAUCUGACCAGUGGCUCUGUGGGGUACCUUGUUGGCUCCCUCAUAAGUGGCUUGCUGUUUGACCGCUUCAACAAGGUUCUGCUACUGUUUUUGUACACAUUCACUGGCGUGUUUUUCUCGGCUAUCCUGCCCUGGUGUUACUUGUAUGAGCUGAUGAUGACGGUACAGUUUUGCCGAGGCUUUUAUGGCGGAGGACUUGAUACAGGUGGGAAUGCCCUUCUGAUUUCAACAUGGGGUCAAGAUGGCCGCUCCUUUUUACAAGCUCUCCACUUUUCAUUUGCGAUUGGUGGGAUAGUAUCACCCUUGGUAACUGCCCCUUUUCUGCUGGAAGAGAGAGACAUUAGAACAGACAACUCUAGUCUACGAUUAAAUGGCACGAUAUAUGACACAGAUUUCAAUAUGUCACAAAUCCUUUACAAUACCUCUAUCAGCUCCUUCACACAACCUGGUAUGUCUACAACAACACCUGAUCCCGCUUCUGGUUACAAAGCUGAAGACUCUAAAUUAUAUAUUGCAUUUACCAUCUCAGCAGCUAUGAAUUUGUCAAGUGCAAUACCGUUCCUCAUCUUAUACCUAAGGGCAAGGAGGCGUAAAAGGAAAAACUCCAUAAAGAAAGUGGAAGAUAGUAAAAGGAUAACAAGGGAAUUGACGAUUGAGUAUAAGGUGCUAGUUCUAGUAAGUGUGUGUUUGUUUUUAGGGGUGUACUGCGCUGUGGAGGACACAUUUAAUGCCUUUCUCACAACCUUCUGUGUCAAGCACAUGGGAUGGACCAAGGCUCAUGGCUCCUACGCUACGUCACUGUAUUGGGCAGUGUAUGGAUUCGGCCGCUUUUCAGGAAUUUGGUUAAUCAAAUGGAUAAAACCUGAUAAAAUGAUCUGCGGGUUUACUGUAGCUUUAGGCUGUGUUUUUGGGGGACUUCUUGCUUUCGCACAUUACAGGAUUGAUGGUGGCAUCUGGGCAAGUGCGAUACUUGCGGGAGCAGCAAUGUCGAUUAUUUUUCCGACAGUCUUUUCUUGGACGGAGGAUGAACUCUUGCCAGUUUCGGGGAAAGUGGCAUCCCUGUUUUUGAUCUCGGCAUCAAGUGGGACCAUGAUAAACCCCAUCUUAUUAGGAUAUCUGAUGGAUACCCUGUCUCCACUUUGGUUUACCUAUCUCCUGUUUGGCGAGACGAUAGUGUUGAUUCUCCUGUUUAUCAUCCUGUUACUGAUAGCAAGAAUACUAAAAGCCAAAUUUGGUACCAGUUGUACGUUCAAGGAUGUAGAGAUCGAGUUGAAAAGCGAAGAUGAUGUCGAGACGGAGAGUCUGGUUGAUGCUGUCCAAACAGUAUCAUUGAAUGGAAAUAAAGAUGUAUGAUCAGUAAAAAAAAUAAUUCAUAUUUAUAUUAGGUCCUCAUUAAUCAGUAGCUUUCACAGUCAAGACCACGAACUUGUCCAGAAAUUCAAUAAUCGUUUAGUUGGGUAUUCAAUUACCACAUAGGUAUCCCCAUGUUACCGGGAUUAGUCAUACAAGUUAGCCAUCAGUGAGAAGGUGAACACUAACUAACAUCGAAAAAACAGUAAAAGAACCAAGCUGUCAAGGUUGUUCUUGUACUCGAUAUUUUAAAGGGGGACAGCAGACAAAGUUGCCAUCUCUGCAUUGAUAGUUAGUGGAACUUGCCUUUACUGUACGUAUACCUGGAAAUGUUUGCAGCUGUUUAAUUUUCGUUUUUUUCACCCUCAGUAACGAAGACAAAUUUAUCAUUACAGCGAACAUUAAUUAACAACAAUAUACAUGGUAAUUAAAUGUGAAUACAGAUUUUACCGCCUAAGGGUGAAUGUUUGACCGGGUGGAGACUUCGAAUUCCCAGUGUACAGUAUGGGUAGGAAGUGCCAUACGUUAUGUUAUCAUAAAAACACUUCAACCAUACAGCUUUCAGAAAUGAGUUCAUUGACCAAAUUAUGUUUCUUUAUAUUUUAUAUAUACAUUGUAUGUGUGUUUAAUUUUUAGUAGCAAUAACUUGUUACGUGUUCUAUAUUUUGAACGUUGGUGUAAAAUAUUUGCAAUGAAGCUACAUACACACACACUUCUAUUACUUAGAUGUUAAGAAUUUAAACUUUAUGGGUAAACUGUACAUGUCAUGCUAAUUAUGCAGUUCAUUAGUGUAUGUGUAAUGAAAUUCAGGUUUUAAUAAUAUUUUGAUAAAAAGGAGUUGUAUUUGUUGUUGUUUAAUUAUCAAGUUAACCAUAUCGACGGUUUCUUUGAAUAUUUGAUUGAGUUGCCGGUUGCUGAAAUUCAGUUGGUUUCGCAAUCCUAUUUUUGUAUAUGUCUUCUCGGUGUGUGAUGCAAUAGCCAACGUUAGAUCUGUCUCCAUUACCUAGAGUCAACCUUACAAAGGUUUCCUAUAUUGGUGGGCACCAAUCAGGACAAUGUGUCACCCUUGGUUCUGAUGUUUGAAGUGUAAAGAAUCCCUACAUCUUGCUUUUUGCUCAAAUUCCAUGACUUCAUUGCGUAGAGCAUUGUUAACUGGUAUUGCAUUUAGUCAGAAAUAUGUCAUUGUAAACACAUUUUUAGAUUUUGCCACAUGUAAAAAAAUAAAAGUUUUAAUAUUUGUUACAGUUAUAGCUUAUACCUUUGAUUAUCAAUUUUCAUUUUUAGCACUGUAUGAAAAAUACUUUUUUAUGUUGUAUUGUACAUUAGUCUACAGUACAUUUUGUUCAUCUUCUUGUUUUAGUGCUAUUGUGCCAAGUUAAUAAGAAUGCUACAAUUUUUGCUUAUAAAUGAAGUUUGCCAAUUACCUUAAAACUUUCACAAUUUCUCAUACUGUAACCUACAAAAUGUACAAAAUGUAACAAAUUUUUUGUCAUGAUUUUUUUAAACAAAUGCAAAGUUCCUUAAUACAUGUAUAAAACAUGGCGUUAUCUGAUCUUCAUACAAACAAUAUUGUUAUUUAUCCUUUACAUUGUACACAAAAAGUUUGUCAAUUCACUUAUCAGUUUGCUAUUUCAAACAAAAUCAUGUUCCGCUUAAUAUCACAUUUUCAAAUGACAAAUUAGAAGUGAUAAUAAGCGAAAUAUACUGUAUACAUAUUUUUGAUAUAAAAACAUCUUUUAUAGCGACUACAAAUAUUGUAAAACAAAGAGCAGGCUUGUAAACAUCUCAUGCAUGUCACAAUGUUUCCAUUUUAUAUGGUGUUCCACAAUAAAUUCUCCUGGCAUUUCUUUAUGUAACAUGUCAGGGUGUGUUGAUGCUUUGUAAAAUAUAUUUUUCAGGGUUUUAUAUUACUUGACAAAAUGUUGGGCAAAAUUCUUAAGAUUAUACUAGAUUUGAUUUCAAAAUCUAACAUGGGACUUGAUGAUGUUUGUGUAUUACCUCUUUAUGAAAUAUGGUUGUGAUUAGGUAACCCUAGUUACAUAUAUACCCGUAACAUUAUACAUCAUCCUUGAUAUCCAGGGGUUACGCUCACUUUUGCUCUCUACUCCCCUGGAAUCAUCCUCGAUAUC